UGUAGACUGUGUCGUGCGAUGGUCGGAUACCAGACAAUCGAUGUCGGGUAUUCAGUGGAAGGAGUGCUUCUCCCGCACAAGGAAUCGGAAAUACUGGUUCAACAGUGCCACGGGCGAGUCAACAUGGACAGCACCUGAAACUGAGACCACGGUACGUCUUCUCAGUUGUAUGUCAUCUAUUUAUAGACAAUAAAUAUAGCCAAUCAAAUUCAA